UGUAUCAGAAUUGUAAAAAAACUUCGAAAAACGUGAUUAUUCAUUUGUUCAUAUAAUUACGGGAAGGUUCAACAGACACAUCGAUAACAAUUUUUAUCAGCGCUCCAUUGGAAACCUUGCCUUCUGUAGUGUCUUACAUUCACUAAAUGCACUGUUCCUAUGGUGACCUUGAGCAAGGUUAUAGUAGAAAGGCUCCGAGAGUGUCGUCCCAGGUAGAACUGUGAAAAAAACAAGCUGGACCCCUAAAAGUUGUAUGGACAUUUGCAAGAACUAAGAUGACCACUCAAGAAGAUUUCUUGAUGUUGCAUCGAAGAGAUGCUUGCUUUUCGUGUCUGCCGUAUAACAGCAACAUUAUUUCACCGAGCCUUCUUCUUAUUGAUUGCUGAUUUUUUAGCUGGUCCGCGGUGGUUUUUCAUUAAUUUUUUCACUGCUAUCGUUGAUUGCAUUUUUGCUUCCAACCAUGAUUACAGUCUUUACAAUUUCGCCGAUCCGAAAACUUUUGCUGCGGCCCUUGGUUUCUGUUUCUGUUGGUGGAUGGCCCAUUAUCUUUGUUCGAAACAGAUGUGGUAUAAUGGUGUUCUUAUUGAACUCUUCUUCUUGAUUCAGUUGCUGGGACAGUUGAGUAAUUUUGCCUUUACAACCAGCAAUCAGGUUUAUCCCAUUCUUACGGCGCUUAUCAUCUAUCUUCUUGUUGGCUGUUACCGUCACUACAUCGCACAACUCCGUCUGCAGGAUCCCGAGCAGACACUUUAUCGGCUCUCACAACUACGCAAACCGUUUGUUCCUCGACGCGCGCUUCAGUUGAUCCAAGUGACCCCGCUUUUGUACAGUAUUCUCCAUUUUACCAGGGACCAGUUUGACGACGCGACGUACUUCCGCGUGAAAUACUCACUGGGAAUGGCUGACGCAUUGGUAUUUGUGGGGAUUAAUUUGGAUUUUGGGCUGGCUUUCCUAACACGCGUCAUGGGAACCUUGCGCCACCUGCGAAACCAUUACUCCUGGAGAAAUCUGGGCUAUUUUUGCCGGUUCAACAUAACCGGCUCCUACCACAUCCAGAUCCGUGAUAUCGGCUGGAUGGCCGUUCCUGGCGACCAGAUGCAGCUGGCGUGGAUUUUAUAUUGGGUUUUUAAAGUCUUAAUCAUCAGCUUCCUGUGGACGGAGACGCCCGCGCAGUAUUAUUUUCAUUUUCUGUUCAAGGAGCUUUUGGGCAAUUUCGUUUCAGCGACAGCGACGAUAUACCUCUUAUGCAUCGCCGUUGGAUUUAUAUUAGCGUCGGUUGCCGCUGUUUUCACGCUAACGGCCGAUGUGAUGGCUUGCAGUUCCGUAUGUCUCAGCAGCUACGACACUGUACAACACAUUCGCUGGAUCUCCUUCACGACGUUGUUAUGCCCACACAGUCGCCACAAUAUCAUGUAUUACAUUCUGUAUGCCUUUUUACCGUUGUGCGGCCACAUGAUCCAGAACAUCGGUGAAGCCGUACGACAACGUUGUUGUUGCCGAUCGCAGUCCUGGUUGAGCGCUUGUGGGGGGAUCAUAGCUAGUAGCAUCUACGUACUGUUCUCCGUUGCUGUCUACCUUCUUAUCACUCUGUUUCCUCCGCAUGUGGCCAACUGCUAUGCGUAUCUCUUGGAAAGCACCACUGCGGUGUGGAUUGGAUAUAACGGAUUUAUGGCGUUCGUUGAGCUGGUGACAAUUGUCGUUUACCAGGGCUUGGCGGACGAGGUGUCGAAGGAUAAUCUCAGUGUCGGAGUGAAGAUCUUCCGCAACUGCAUGGCUGGUUUAAUGGUCGUCAUCCUUAGUGGCAUCAAUAUUGUAUCGUUGGCCGAAGCGCAUAUGUCCGUGGGAAGCUAUGCUCCAUGUGGAUACCGGAUUGUAGUGCAUAAUAUAAUGCAGAUAAUCGCCCGGCUGAUUUUUUUCUAUGUGACGGUGACGCAUAGGAGAGACUGUGGUUCUACGCUGGGAGAAUGCAAUACGGAUUCCGUUGUUAUACAACAGUCAUGGGGAUCGGAAGGAAUGGGGACAGAUUAUUCUUCGUGCGGGUUGUGUUAUGAUAGUCGCAGCAAGGGAGAUUACUGGGAACUGCAGUGUGGGCACUUGUACCAUAAGGAAUGCUUUGAUACAUGGAGGAACUGUGGCAGUCGGUGUCCAGUUUGUAGAAUGGUUUUCCGGCGAGCUGAGGUUCAGCCGGUUUUUGGCAUUGAAAACGAUGAAUCAGUUUUGGAGACUUAAGAUUUUUGAAUUCAUAGUAUCACAGCAAUUGCUGGAUGACCUUUGCAAGCUAAGUAGAGACCAUGAACGUGUCCGCUAUAUUGGAAAACACUGGAAGGGGUUUUUAUGUGAGAGAUCCAAGGUCGUUGGUUGUUGGGUCAAGAUAAUCUAUUUCUUGAUGUGAUUUUCCUCACAGUAUGUUAACAUCUGCCUUUAAGUUCAAAUACUCUAUUCCUCCAUGAGUGUGAUAGAUUUAUUCCAUUAUGAGUGAAGAACAUCUAGUGAAUAUGCAAGUGAAGAACAUCUAGUGAAAUAUAUCUACUAGCAUUCACCGCUACAGCGCUAUUAGUAGCUUUCUUCAAGCUUAAAAAUGGGUGACUGCGCGCGCAAAGCGAGAACUUACGGAUACUGGUAUGUAAUCACCGUCCGAAUCCGGAACGUCUGCAUUCAAUAUAAUCUAUUACGAUAUUACACUUUUGGACAUUUGUGUUACGAUAUUUAAUA